AUGCUAAAGACGUAUGCCCUUCUAAUAAUCAUUCUUUCACUAGUUAUUCUAGUUAAUAGUCAAGAAAUAGAUUUAGAAGCCCACAAUCAUCGCCAGAAAGCUUGCAUCGACAUUGAGUCUCAUGUCAAUCAAUGUAGUUUUGUAAAAGACGCGUGCAAGGGAUUAAGUGGAUUCUAUCUGAGAUUUUACUACUGUACAUCGGUCUGGAGACCAUUAGUGUUGAUCACCUUGUUCUCUGGCUUACUACUCCUCUUUGGAGCUGUUAGUGUGGCCUCUGCUGAUUUUUUUUGUCCAAAUCUGCAGUCGAUUUCCGCCAAACUGCAGCUGUCGGAGAGCUUGGCUGGUGUAACUAUCCUAGCGUUCGGUAACGGAAGCUCUGAUUUGUUCAGUACGUUCAGCGCAAUGAACUCCGGUUCAGGGUCACUGGCUAUCGGUGAGCUUAUUGGCGCCGCAUUCUUCAUUGUGGCAGUGGUGUCAGGAUCAGUGGGUAUUAUAAGACCCUUCAAGUCAAAACGUAUUACCUUUAUGCGAGAUGCUCCAUUUCUGGCCGGCGCAACACUUAUACUUGGCUGGGUAGUUUAUAUAGAGAGGAUAGAAUGGUAUCAUGGUCUGGCCCUUAUAUUAUAUUAUGUUACAUAUGUGCUUGUUGUCUUUCUCAGCACCUACCAUUCAUCUGCAACAGCUACUUUAAAAAACCCCUCCGAAGAUAGUCCAUUGCUUAAUACCAAUAAUGAAGAGCCAAAGAUUUUUCAAAACAGGCGUACAAAGCGAAAGCAUAAACCACCUCGCCUGCACAUACCAGACCACGGAUUUCUGGUCACCUGUAACACAUCAGAUCACGACCCACCCCUGGGCUCGAUUAUCAAGCCAAUCUCUCCACUCCCUUUUGAUCAACCUGAGGCUUCUUAUAUACCACUACCUAUUUCAAGGGCAGCUAGUAAUAGUGGAUCUUUCUCUAGCCAAUCAUCGUCACGAGCAAUGGCACCUCGUGUUGGUAUUCGUUCCUCAUUAUUCAACGCUAUUGAGUUUCAUGAACAAAUUGCAUCUUUAAGACGUGUGAGCAGUAUAAAUACAAUCAAUUUAUUUAAUUCUCCAGAAGGUUCACUCAGGUCAUCAUCGCCACAACGAUCGCCACGAGUGCCUGAAUGGCGUAUAUCCGUGGAUAUGAGCCCCUCUAGAAACAUAUCAGCACCAGAUUCCUGUCUAAAUAUGCCCGAUGUUCAUUUACCACAUCAUAAUGACUAUUUCAGUUAUAUCUCCCAGAAUCUAGCUCCUGCACAGCCUACUAGUAGGGAUUACGAUAAAGAGACUAGACUCAAUGAAGAUAUGAGCAUACCCACACAAUGUGUACCAGAAAUUCGUCUUGAUCCUCCACAACCCCUGGAAAGCGAAAGAUCUUUGCACCACCAAUACAUCGACAUCUACAAAAGAUCAACGCAUGGACUUAGUCUACCAAGUCCAUUCGCAAGUAUAUCGCCUACUCUAGGUACUAUGCCAUCACCAAAUUCAUCAGAGAAUGAAUGGCCCUCUAUUCCAAUUCAUGUAAAAGUUGUCAAUGUAUCAUCUUCAGAUCAAAUAAGUUCCUGUAAGAAAGUUCGGGAGGAGUAUUUUAAUUAUGCCCUGGCCUCUGAAUCCGUCAUAUCUGCCUGUCAAAGUGUUCAGAAAACACUAUUCCCUACCCUACAAUUUUGGGAAAGUAAAACUCGAUUUGCAAAAAUCAGCUCCCUAGCUGCAGCACCCCUCGUACUAUUAUUCACAAUUACUCUUCCAGUAGUAGAGUAUGAUACAGCUCGAAACAAAGCCAGUACCCCUACCCUUUAUAGGUCUCCAUCUCCCGAGAUAAACAUCAACAAAAAAACGUAUCUUUCCGUCAAUAAUUUCGGUCCUAGUUACGUUGACAGAGUCCAAGAACCUGAACCUGAAUUACAACAAAUUCCAUGGUGCCGAUGGCUACUAGCACUUCAAGCCAUUACAUCAACUACAUUUAUCACAGCUAUUAUGGCAGGAAAUGGAUGGGUUACAUACCCUCACAUUAUGUGGGGAACAGUCUUAGGGUGUAUUUUAUCUAUAAUUGUGCUCGUUAAUACAAACCCUAGCCAACCUCCAUCAUGGAAUUGGCUGCUAUCUAUUCCCGGAUUCAUUGUUGCUCUACACUGGGUUUUUCUUUUAGUAAACGAGAUGGUUAGCAUGCUACAGGCUCUUGGAAUAAUUUUUCACAUCAGCGAUGCUAUUAUGGGGUUGACUAUAUUUGCUCUACUUAGACUAACCCGGGAAUAUAUCAAGGGAAAUAGCAUGGGAGAUCUUGUUGCCAAUACAGCUAUUGCUGAGAUGGGAUUUCCAACCAUGGCUAUAUCUGCCUGUUAUGCAGGUCCUUUACUAAACACAGUUCUGGGAGUCGGCAUUUCUUCUACUUAUCAGAUCUUGAAAAGCGGAAAAGCUUACCCGCUAGACAUUUCACCUACCAUCUUAAUAUCUGCCGGUGGUUUGGUGGUAGUUUUAUUGAGUACUAUAAUAGUAACAAGUUUCAAUGGCUGUCGUGUAACAAGAGGACUCGGCUGGUGGAUGAUAUCUGUCUAUUGUGCUUGCUGUUUUACCAACGUCUUGAUUGAAUUCCGUGUGAUUGGAUAA